AUGACACUACCCGGCUUGUCAGGCUCCCCAUCGAACCAAUGGUCCAUGACGUAUGGGACAAGAUAUGUGCGAGACCACACGAGCAUUCCUAUCCCCCGAGUAUACGCAUAUGGCUGUGGUCCGCUCCGGCGAAAUACCUCGGCCCAUCAAGCAUUCAUAGUCCUAGAUUACAUUGGUGGGCAGCCCUUGACGAAAAAAAUGCUUCGGGAUAGCUCAGAAGACUGCCGCCGUCAGUUUUUCGGGGACAUGGUUGACGUUUUUGCUCAACUGCGAAGGCUCGAAUUCUCUCAAGGAGGCUCGUUGAUGCCAAACACGACGGUUGGAAUCUUGGCCCAGGUACUCAAGUCGAUACUUCACCGGGAAGAAUCCUUGACCCCUCAAUCAACCAUGGAUCACGACCUUGAGCCAAAAAUCGUCGGCGCUAUUUCGAUGCGCAAGAAUGAACUCCAGAUCGAUGGUUAUACAGCCCCACGCUUCACAGCCACCACUGCCAGGGAAUUCUUCCGAGAGCAAUAUCAGCUGCUUCAAUACAUGUGGAAAAUGCCCUCCCAAGAACUUGGUCGAGAGGAAGCCGAGCGCGAAGAGUUUGCGCUCCACGCCUUGAGCUUAGAGGAAGCUCUACCCAUUUCCGGGCCAAGAACCGAUCCAGCAGACGACUCAUUCUGCCUGCACCACCCUGAUCUCCGCGUUAACAAUAUCAUCGUGGACAAGGAGCUUCGUAUUCGCGGCAUUAUUGACUGGGAGUUCUCGGUCACAGUCCCGCGGCACGCAUUUCUCCCCCCAUCUUGGAUUACUGGUCAUGAUACUGGAUCGAUUAUUUCCAAAGUUGAUCUUUCAUCCGAGUUCAUGAGCGUCUUGUCGUCAAAGGAACAAGAAUCAUCCAGCCACUCUCAGCUUGCGCAAGACUGGGAUUUUCGAGACGAUCUCAGGUUACCCAUGACUUAUAUACUUCUAGAUCCAUCUGACCUUGUGUGGCUCUUUUACAAAUUCAUCUACCCCAAACUGUACAAGAAACCCCGGGACGAGGUAGUCUCUCGCUUCUUCCAACUUGCCGAAAACAAGGAGCUGCAGGUAGGGUUAGGGAUGCGAUUGCGUGCUUCUGAACGGUACACCCAGUAUCUCAAGGACAACAACCUCAUUGACAACGAGGAGCCAAAAUGGCAACAAAUCUGUGAGGGGACUGCCGAGACUCAAAAGGCGUUGGACCAGUUAAGUAAAUGGAGCGAUGAGACACGGGACAAAUUAGCACGCCUGGAUAGAGAACGGGCUAUGCAACGCGGGCGAGAGAAGCAAGCAUAG